CUGGGCUGUGCGCGCUGCCUCGGCUUCGGGGCGAUCCAUGGGAAGCAGCGAGGGUCAGGAUGACAGAUUACGGAGAGGAGCAGCGCAACGAGCUGGAGGCUUUGGAGUCCAUCUACCCUGACUCCUUCACAGUACUCUCAGAAACGCCACCCAGUUUUACCAUUACUGUGACAUCUGAGGCUGGAGAAAAUGAUGAAACUGUCCAGACUACGCUCAAGUUUACAUAUAGUGAAAAAUACCCAGAUGAAGUUCCGUUUUAUGAAAUAUUCUCCCAGGAAAAUCUAGCAGAUGGUGACAUAUCAGAUAUUUUAAAAUUAUUAGCAUCACAGGCAGAAGAAAACCUUGGUAUGGUAAUGAUCUUUACUUUAGUGUCAGCUGUGCAAGAAAAAUUAAAUGAAAUAGUAGACCAGAUAAAAACUAGAAGGGAAGAAGAAAAGAAACAAAAAGAAAAAGAAGCAGAAGAAGCUGAAAAGCAACUCUUUCAUGGCACUCCUGUUACAAUUGAAAAUUUCUUAAGUUGGAAAGCCAAGUUUGAUGCAGAACUCUUGGAAAUUAAAAAGAAACGGAUGAAAGAAGAGGAACAAGCAGGAAAAAAUAAGUUAACAGGGAAACAGCUAUUUGAAACAGAUCAUAAUCUUGAUACGUCUGAUAUACAGUUCUUGGAGGAUGCUGGAAAUAACGUGGAAGUUGAUGAGUCUUUGUUCCAAGAAAUGGAUGACUUGGAGCUGGAGGAUGAUGAGGAUGAUCCGGACUACAAUCCUGCCGACCCAGAGAGUGACUUGACCGACUAAUGGACUGCCCCCAUCUGUGGGGUGGUGUGACUGCCACAGCAUCUGUGGCUGUGCUGAGAGGGUUGCAUUUUCCUUCCUUUUUUUUUUUCUAAGAAAAAAGAAUUUUCAGGAGAAUAUUCUUCUGAUAGCUUUCAUCAUUGAACUUAAUAAACUGACCUUAAAAUUUCAGAU